AUGACGAUCGUAGCAAUCGGAAGCUCAAUCAUUUUUCUUCUGCUUAUUUUCCCACUCCCGGGAUCAACGCAAUUCCUUGAAGCUGACUGUGGAGUAAGUUCAUCCAGUAAAUAUAGUACACGCAUCGUUAAUGGACAGAUCGCGGACAGUUCUUCAAGUCCCUGGAUGGCUUUUUUACACUCAACUAGAAAUGAAUUUAUCUGUGGCGGUACUCUGAUAUCUCGUAAACUAGUACUAACUUCAGCACAUUGCUUGAUUCCGAAAGUGCAGAUCAUUGUUAGAUUGGGAGAAUAUAACAGGAGAGAAACAAAACGACCUCGAGAGGAGUAUCAAGUACAAAAUACCUAUAAGCAUCGCUCUUACAAUCCAGCAAGCCAUAUCAACGAUAUUGCCAUUCUUCUAUUGGUUAGGAGUGUGGUUUAUAAAGCUAACAUCAAACCCAUUUGCAUUCUGUGGGAUACAAAAUGGAGGCCAGUUACCGACAAAAUACAAGUCCUGACCGGAACUGGAUGGGGCACGACCGAGUCAAAGCAUGACACCGAUGAACUGAGAACCUUGGACAUUCGCCGUCAGCUUCCAAAAGCGUGUGGUUUCGCUAGUAUCUCAAAGGAUCAAUUCUGUGCCGGAAAUUGGGGUAGUAACCUCUGCAUCGGUGACACUGGUGGCCCAGUGGGAGCAAUCGUUAAGUGUCACAACACUUAUCGUUUUGUUCAGAUCGGAAUUUUUAUUACAAACAGAAAAUGUCAAAGACCAAGUCUUUAUACGGAUGUAAUGAGUCAUAUUGACUUUAUCCGAAGAUUACACUCUCAGCAUAACGGCAAUGAUAAGAGUCUGACCAAGCCAGAUAAUGAACUAGAUCUUAAUUGGAACUUCACUAUUCCUGUACCCUGGUGA